UGCAAAAUGGCGGCGAGCACAAGCACAGACAUAGCAGGCUUUGACUGUCCGUCAUGGGCAGGGAAGCCUCCACCUGGACUCCAUCUGGAUGUGGUUAAAGGAGAUAAAUUAAUAGAGAAGCUGAUCAUCGAUGAGAAGAAGUUCUAUCUGUUUGGGAGGAACCCUGAUCACUGUGACUUCACAAUAGACCAUCAGUCCUGCUCGCGAGUUCAUGCGGCGCUGGUUUACCACAGACACCUCAAGAGAGUCUUUCUCAUCGACCUGAACAGCACCCAUGGCACAUUUCUGGGCAGAAUUCGCCUUGAGCCUCACAAACCUCAGCAGGUUCCGAUUGACUCGACCAUGUCGUUUGGAGCGUCGACGCGAGUGUACACGCUGAGAGAGAAACCACAGACACAGAGCAGCUCUGCUGCAGGAGACAGUAAAGGAGUGGAGGAUGAGGAGCUCAAGGGAUUACUGGGACUGCCAGAGGAAGAAACCGAGCUUGAGAACCUGACAGAGUUCAACACGGCUCAUAACAAGCGCAUCUCCACGCUGACCAUCGAGGAGGGAAACCUGGAGAUCCAGAGACCCAAGAGGAAGAGGAGGAGCUCACGUGUGUCCUUCAGUGAAGAGGAGGAAAUCAUCAACCCUGAGGACGUCGACCCCUCUGUAGGGCGCUUCAGAAACAUGGUGCAGACAGCUGUGGUCCCCAUUAAGAAGAAGAAACUGGAGGCCCACGGUACACUGGGACUGGACGACAGCAUAGCGCGCCGGUUACAGAACUUCCCUCUCAGCGCUGGGCUCUAUGGAGACCUGCCGCCCACCAGUCAUGAGGCAGGUGGACAAGGGGGUGGAGCUCAGGGGGGCGGGUCUUCUGCAAUGCUGGCCGGGAUGCCUCUGCCCUUCCCCAACCCCGCCCCAGAGGUCAAUCUCUCGCCCACCACAGUGCAGCCCCCUGCCAUGCUCAACCCCACCCCUGCUCCUGGACCCUACUCGGCCGAACCCCUCAACGAGCCACGCAAGAAAAAAUACGCCAAGGAGGCGUGGCCUGGCAAGAAGCCCACCCCCUCCCUGCUGAUCUAACAUGUUUUACUAUAAAACAGGAUAGCCAGAUCCUACAGACAACAGAUUUAAAGAUGACCAUUACGGAUAUCAGCCUUGGAGUUUGGAGUACUUUUAUUAGAGGAUAUUGUUUCCAUGCGUCAUUUUGGACAAAUUAGAUACUUCAACGUUACCCGUUACAGGUCGAGGCAUUACUGUAGGGAUUAUUCGUUUCGAAAAUGUGAGGCAUCUACAGAAACUGCUGGUGUAUCAGGAAGUUGGUGAAUUUCACAAAGAAAUGUCUAGGUCAUAUUUAACCCCAAGUCAGAAGAAAUGAUAUUUUGCAUAAAGAAAAUAAAGCUUAUUAACUGUAACAGUUAAGCACAUAUACCUCUCAAUUCUCAUUGACACCGGCAUACUUUGGAGUUUUCAAAUGAAAAUGGAUUAGUGUGGAGUUGGCCUAAAGUGUAUAAAUACUUUCCAAAGAAAAUAUCAAAAAAUGUCCACAUUACAGCAAUAAGAAUGGGAUUGUUUUUUUAACUUAAAGGCAGUACAAAAUAUUACCUUGAUUUAUAAAUUAUUUACAAUUUAAAUAAUUGUUAAAUCAGUUUAAUUAGAAUUUGUGAGGACAUGUGCUUAAUUGUCACAAUGCAAAACUCUAAAUGGUCCUAAAAAUAGGCUUCAUUUUCUUUAUGCAACAUCGGUAACAUUAAGGUUCAAUUUAUUACAUCAGUUAACUACAUUUGUUAACAUGAAUAAUAAUGAACAAUACUUUUACAGCAUUUGUUAAACUUGGUUAAUGUAAAUUUCAACAUUUCCUCAUACAUUUGUUUUAAAUUAGAAGUUGCAUUUGUUAACAUCAUUAGUUAAUGCACUAUGAACUAACAUGUACUGACAAAGAACAGUUGUGUUUUUAUCAAUUAACAUUAAGAAAGAUGAAUGCUGUCUAAAAAUAGUUUAUUGCUAAAUAAUGAUACCUAAUACAUUAAUAUUAACAAAUGGAACCUUAUUAUAAAGUGUUGCCCUUAUUUCUUCUGAUUUUGGGCUGAAAUAUAACGUGGACAUGUUGAUCAGGUUUCGUUAGAUUCAUCCAGAUAGGAUGUAGUGAUGCUUAAAUGAGUAGCACCUCAUCGUAGUUGGUUGUUUCAGGUUUUCCUGACGGGAACACACUUCAGAAAGCUCGCACCACAUGCAGUAGAUAUCAGUAGGUGAUUGAGUAAAUGUCUUCUCACUCACGGUAAGAUACAAUCUGUAGUUGUUGUCAGCCACACUAAUGGGAACCAGCAGCCGUUGCAUUCUAACAAUAACACGUAUUUAAUACUUUUUAUGUUUUCAAAAACCAAGAGCUUAUUUCCUCUGGCAAAAUUGUCACUGUACGUUUAAGAUGUUUUUGUAUUACAUAUUUGAAGUACAAACCAAACCAUUGAACUCAACCAAAUGUUACAUUACUAAACCGUAAUGCUGUAGGUUCAAAUGCGUUAUCAUGAGACUAUUUGUAUUACACAUAGGACAUUUUUAAUGACAUUUUUCAAAACACUGUGGUUGUAUAUUGGUUUAUAGAGAGAAAUUGAAACUGAACUUCUUACACCUGAUUGUUCAAAGACAGAAAUGAGAACAGAGUGAUUUAUGUCAUCUGAAAGCAGGGAAUUGCCUUGUAAUGUGAACCGUUUGUUAGCGUUUUUAUAUAUAUUUUUUAUAUCUGAAUGGAUCUUGCUACCCAUUGUUGUGAGUGAUGGCACACAUGAAAAGACUUGAUGUGGAAAGAUGAAAGGAAUUCUUGUCAUUGUUGGAUUAUUUGUCUAAUAAACAGUAUUCCUUACCCGAAACUGAAUAUGGAUGUCAAUGGUGAAGUGCGGUGAUAACCAGAUUUGUCAUUUUCUGAAGAUAUGAGUGGUGUUUGAAUGUGCAAAACACACUACCAAGAUGCUGGGUGGUUGCUAGCACUGUCAGAAAUGAACUUUGCUAUUAGGAGGCAAUAUUUGUCGCCUUGAUUUGGUAUGGUAAUGUGGCAAAAUUUGGCCGCAUCCACACUUUAUUUGAAAACGCAUUGAUUUUGCCAAGUUUCAUCUACUCUGGAAGUAGAAAGACUUUCGCUCUCUGGAAAGCGAUGAUGUUAGAACACUGAAAACAGAUUUCAAACGGAUAAGUGUAGGCAUGAUCUGAUCUCCAUAUAUGCAAAUACUUUUGAUAAUUGCACCAUAUAUGCCAUACUAUCAAGAUAUUUUGUGUACCAUUUAUGUAAAAUAACCAUGUCAGCAUGCUGUACCAAGUUUGUUUAUAUAAUCAUUUUUGCAAUUUCAUUACCUCUUAAAUAUUACACUGGAAAAAAAUGUUUUCAUGGAAAAAUAUAAAUAUAAAGAUAUAAGAAAAGAUUAAGUACUUUUUACAUAUAAGUUAAAGCGUGAAAUUGAAAAUAUUAAGUAAAUUAAUGCUCUAGCUUACAAGUAAAUAUUAUUUAUGAUUGUUAUCUUUACAUGUCAUAAGUAGAAAAUCUUGUCAUAUUUAUUUGCUAAUUUGAGUAAAUUUCACAGGUAAAUAAAAUGAGUAAAUUUUACUUAACUUUUUGAAGCUGGUGUUCUCAACAUGCACUGGGCUUGCAUAAUUAUUCAGCUUGCACUGUUUCACUGUUUGCGAGUUUAUUUACACCACUUAUAUUGUUGAUUUUGUUGUUACAUUUGGUAACCAUGUUUCGAGAGGUCUGAAGUUACCAUUUGAUUGUUACCGUUAUUGUGUUUUGUGCAUCAAGUGUUCGGGUCUGCGUGGAUUGAGUAUCGAUCACCAUUAAAGCUAGGAGAUAUUGUCUAAUAGACUUCGUAGCAUGCAUUAAGCUUCCCUGUGGAAGGUUUCUGUGUGUCAUGUGGUACAUAACUAUGUAUGUUAAAAAAGCAUUGAAAUACUAGUACACUUUCAAAAGUAUGUCUUAAUUCAGUGCAGCAUUGUCUGAGUAAACUGACUUGAAACAGAGUAUUGGAAAAUAAACUUUAAUGAGUAUUUCUUAUUAAAGCCACCAAGAAUUGUGUAGCGUUUACUUGGACAUGUGGUCUGUACUGAUUCUAGAGAUGGGGGGCAAAACAUGUUUUAAAUCUUAGUUUUUAUUUUUUAAUACUAAAUUAAUUUGAAAUGGAUAUAUUUGUAGACAAAGGUCUCGGCUAACAAACUGUGUAAGGGAGCAGGUUUUUUAUAAAAACACUUUUUUUUCUUCCUGAAAAUGGACAUUUAUUCACCUCAUAACUUAUAUCUUACUGUCAUUUGACACACUAAAAAGCAUGCUAUUUUAAUUUGAUCCAUCCAACAAGAGUGUGAAGUCUUUAAUUAUCUUAUAAUGGUGUUCAGUAAAAGAGUUAAAGGGAUAGUUCACCCAAAAAUAAAAAUUCAUCAUUUACUCACCCUCAUGCCAUCCCAGAUGUGUAUGACUUUCUUUCUUCUGCAGAACACAAAUGAAGAUUUUUAGAAGAAUAUUUCAGCUCUGUAGGUUCAUACAAUACAAGUGAAUGUUGAUCAGACCUUUGUAGCUCCAAAAAUCACAUGAAGGAAACAGAGAAGAAAUCCACAUGACUCCAGUGGUGAAAUCAAUGUCUUCAGAAGCGAUCAAAUCGGUUUUGGGUGAGAACAGAACAAGUGAUAAAAUACAUUUUAUAUAUAUAUAUAUAUUAUUUUUUAUUUUUUUUCACACUAUUCAGAAAAUUCUGAUGGAGUUGACAAAACUGAAUAUUUUUCUAAUUUCUAACAGAAAUUAUCAUAGUGGGAAUGAC